GCGCGGGCGGCGGCGGCGCUGUGCAUGCCGGGCGCGGGGCGGCGCGGGCAGGAAGCGCUCGCUCCCGGCGGAGCCGAGCCCAGCCCAGCCCAGCCCAGCCCGUGCGCGGCCGACGGCGGGGGCGGGCACUGCCGUGCCGGUGCCGCUGGGGCUGGGGCACGGCGGAGUGCCGCGGCGGAGGCAGCGGCGGGAUGGGGCUGGCUUCCUGAAGCGGGGGGAGGGCGGGAGGGGGCUGGUUUUGCAUUUCGGUCCCUCUCCGCCCCCCUCCUGCCCCGCGCUCCCAAGUUAGCCGCUCUGCCGCGGCCCCUGCGGAGCGACUGGCUGCGGGCUGCCCCUGCCCCGCUCCCGGCGCUGCCCGCGGCGGGGCGGGCGGGGAGCCGAGGCGACCCGAGGAGCGGCCCGCCGCCCCCGGGAGUCUCUUCUCCGGGGGAGCAGCGGGGGGAGGCGGCUGGCACAGGCGCCGGGCUGCGCCGCCCGCCCCCCGGCACCGCCGCCGUCUGCCCAGCGCCGGCAGCCCCGGGAGAUGGUGACACAUGAAGCGUGCGGGAAGGACCAUGGUUGAGAGGACCAGCAAGUUCUUGCUGAUCGUGGCCGUCUCGGUGUGCUUCAUGCUCAUCCUGUACCAGUACGUGGGGCCGGGGCUGAGCCUGGGCUCUCCCAGCGGCCGCUCCUACUCGGAGGAGCUGGACCUCUUCCCCACGCCGGACCCGCACUACGUGAAGAAGUACUACUUCCCCGUGCGGGAGCUGGAGCGGGAGCUCGCCUUCGACAUGAAGGGCGAGGACGUGAUCGUCUUUCUGCACAUCCAGAAGACGGGCGGCACCACCUUCGGCCGCCACCUGGUGCAAAACGUGCGGCUGGAGGUGCCCUGCGACUGCCGGCCCGGGCAGAAGAAGUGCACCUGCUACCGCCCCAACCGCCGGGAGACCUGGCUCUUCUCCCGCUUCUCCACGGGCUGGAGCUGCGGGCUGCACGCCGACUGGACCGAGCUCACCAACUGCGUGCCCGGGGUGCUGGACCGCCGCGAGAGCGCCGCCGCCAAGGCGCCCAGAAAAUUUUACUACAUCACACUGCUGAGAGACCCCGUAUCUCGUUACCUCAGCGAGUGGCGUCACGUCCAGCGAGGAGCUACGUGGAAGACAUCCUUGCACAUGUGUGAUGGCAGGACACCAACUCCUGAAGAGCUGCCGUCGUGCUAUGAAGGCACGGACUGGUCCGGCUGCACGCUGCAGGAGUUCAUGGAUUGCCCAUAUAAUUUGGCCAACAACCGCCAAGUGAGGAUGUUGGCUGACUUGAGCUUAGUGGGCUGCUACAACAUGUCUUUCAUCCCAGAGAACAAGCGAGCGCAGAUCCUGCUAGAGAGCGCAAAAAAGAACCUCAAAGACAUGGCCUUCUUCGGCCUGACGGAGUUCCAGAGAAAGACUCAGUACCUGUUCGAGAGAACUUUUAAUCUGAAGUUCAUCAGGCCCUUUAUGCAGUACAACAGUACGCGGGCAGGUGGGGUGGAGGUGGACAACGACACCAUACGGAGGAUCGAGGAGCUCAAUGACUUGGACAUGCAGCUCUAUGACUAUGCAAAGGACCUCUUCCAGCAGCGCUACCAGUACAAACGGCAGCUAGAGAGGAUGGAGCAGAGGAUAAAGAAUCGGGAAGAGAGGCUUCUUCACCGGUCCAACGAAGCACUUCCCAAGGAAGAGACCGAAGAGCAAGGACGCUUGCCCACUGAGGACUACAUGAGCCAUAUUAUAGAGAAGUGGUAGCCUAGGCAGACUUUUAUAUUAAUGAGAUUCUAGGGUUUCCAUAUAAAAGAUCAUGGAAGUAAAAUUAAAAAAAAAACAACAAAAAAUAUUUUAUUUAAAAGCAAGUCUGUAAAACAGAAGAUAGAUUGCUUCCUUAAGCAUAGGGUCUUUUUACUGUUUCUUACAAGACCGACGAGAUUCUUAAAAAAAUAAAUAAAUACAUAAAAAUAGGAAAGGGUCAAUACCAUAAUGCAGAAGUAAAAAAUGCACAAAUGCAGUUACCCACUCUUAGGGCCAAAUACAAAAGAACGUUUCUUAUCCUCCCAAUUCAGAAAUAAAUGACAGAAGUAGGAUUUUUUUAAAAUCUGUUUAUCCCCUGAGCAUAAUGAUAUGAAGAUGCAUAAUUAAAAAACAAGAAAAGGGAGGUUUUCUUCUGUGGAUAUUUUUGGAGGUGGGAUGGAAAUUGUACUGUUUGUGAGUAAAUGGUAACAGUGACUACGUUGAGGCUGUGCUAUCCUGUCAGGCUGUGAUCUAAGCACAAGGAUAGUUGCUCGGUUUCAGCUGGCAGCCACUGCCAGAAAAUAGAGCAUCAUAAAAAUAAAAGAAGAAGAAAAACAUCAGAGGAUGAGAAACAUUAAAGCAAAUUGACUGUGGCCUGGGAGAUGUACUUAGCACAGUGGUUUUGAUACAUUGCACUGGUAUCACAUAUGCAUAUGCAACUUCACCAUAAAAAUAAGAGGGAAUUCAUGCACAAAGCUCCCCAGAUUUGCUUCGCAGGCAGGUCCCAAAACAAGUUAAAAGCCAACCAAAUUCCACAUAGGCUCAGACAUGCCAUUCAUCACCCCACACAGCUGCAGUUCAUGCCUUCAUCAGUAUAACACGUUAACAGCACGUGCAAACCCUAUCCUACGUAUUAAACAAGGGAGAGCAAGUUAAGUAGCAAUAGUCCCUCAUACAUCUGCAGGACCAGUUCCAGGGAGACCCUGCAAAUACUCAGUCACUAAUGGCAACAUGAUGAAGGGGUGAUUUUGUUUUGUUCGUUGCUAUAUAAAAUAAGUAACUACAACAAACAUAUAUAUGUACCCAUAUCUGCAUUUUUAAAGUCAGUUUUACUUGUUUUUAUCAAGAAAUAAUGCAUAUCAGCCUAGUUCCAGUGAAGUCAGUAGAACUGGUUUCAAUGGAAACAGGAUGGGGCUCUAUUCCAGGGCCGUAAAAAUUUCUGACUAUGGGUCUGAAUAAAUUAUGAGACUGUGAACAUUGUCUUUCGGCAGAAUGCCUAUUCUGCAGCUCUUUCUUUAGAUGAACAAGCUGGGUUCAUAAAACUGGAAGGGGGAAUCAUGGAAAAUGUUUUCUUAGUCUCAGCUCACUUUCAAAGCAGAACUUUCUUUCUCUUUUAAUGCCAUUUUUUAGGGACUCAUGUAAGUUUAAUCCUCCAAUGUGGUGACAGUCUAACCAGGUUCAGUUUACUGGCUUUUGACUCACAGAACAAUGCCUUCUCUAACUCCUCUUCCCACUCACCAAAUUAAAGUAUGGCUUAUUUUCUUGCUGUUGCAAGCACUUCUUUGUUCGGCUGGAAGCAUGGAAAUGAAGCAGUUUUUGCCUGCUUCGUGUCUCACUCCAUUACUACUCAGCCUCUAAGGCCUGAACCGACUAUUGUUUAGGGUAAAGUAUGAAUCAAAUGGAAUAUGAUCUGAUUUUCAAAGGCCCUGUUAACUAUAGAUCAAAUACGGCAUUGAAAUCGCAGGAGAGGCAGAGUGAUGAUACAUUCAGCUUCAGCAGUCGUUUUUACAGAGCCUCCCUUUCUCAUCACACAAAUCCACCCAAGUGCUGCUUGUUUGGUGUUUUAAUUCGCUCUCUGCCUCUAUACACUGUUCCCAGCAGUUUCAAAUUGAGACCAAGUUUUGCGAAGGAGCUGGCUGCCCUAAGUGCUGGCACUGCCUUGUUUCUUCUGCCUACACCCUGGGGGCUACACCUUGCAUUUGGAGAUGUUCUUCUCCAAAAGGGUGAAAUGACUAAAAGCUUCAGAAUAGAAAAUACAAACAGCACACUGAGUGAGUUAAAAUACGGCCCUGUUACAGCCCUGAUCCAAAGUCCAUGGAAGUCGAAAGAUGUAUUUCCCAUCGAUUUCAGCUGGAUUUUGAUCAGGUCUGCAGCCUGAUGCUGCAAAGCGCAUAAGCACAUGCUCAUCUUCAAGCACAGGGAGACACUGUUACCCAUGCUUUUGGCUGUUACCAGUGAUUGCCCGUGGUGUUGCUGUCCUUAAGGGUCUGUCAGUGCUUCUGUCAAAAACUGGCCCCUGUUUCCAGAGGUGUGUAACUUGGCCAUGAGCAUUUGCUCCUAGCUGAAAAGUGAGAAGCAAAAUGAAGCGAUUUUCAGAUGUUGGCUUGGGGGCAGAGGAUAUUACAAAUCCAUUUGUUCAUCUCUGAAUUCCAGGACUGGGAGGAGCUAUGUUUGUUAGUUCCCAGCACUUUUAUGUGUUGCUGUAACUAAAGAAAACAUUUAUAUUUAAAAAAUGCAAUUUUACGGGCUAUUUACCCAGAAAACCAAUACACGGGAUAUAAAAAGCAACUGUUUUAUAUGCACAGUUUCCAACUUUACGCAGAGGCUUUUCACUGUGCAUUCUGUGUUAUGGACCCAUAAUGCACAAAUGGUUACCACAGCUAACCCGGGUUCAGAGCGCGCAUCGGAGCAGCUCCGGGAGAGGGCAUGCUGCGGAUGCUCAGGCAGUACUGCGUAUGCUGGUGCUGACUUCUGAGAUCAGUUCUGUACUGAAGGCCAAAUUCUGCUCUCAUCUACCAAAGGGUGACAAUAAAUGGGACUGUGUACAAUCAACACUGAUAACAUAAUUUGGCCCUGUGUGCCUGAGUUGUUUCUGUAUUAUGGGCUCUAAGUAACCAGCUGGAUUUUAAUGGAUCUAUCUGCCGGGCGCUCUAAAUCAGAGGGAGCCUCUGACCCUAGAAGCAUGUCAGUAGAAGACCUUCUUCCAACAUUUUCUUUGUAAUAUAUUACAGUAACAAGCAAAUGAAAUGAAACUACAGAGUCUUGUUAACAGUUUCACUUCAACCCAUAAGAGGAGGUCUGACCUCAGCUCAGCACUGAGGCAGAAAUCUCUAUAUUUGAAUCCUGCUCCUGGCAAAUUUUUCAGUUUUUCCGCCUGUACAUUAGGAAUAACAAAUUUACGCAAUGUAGAGGUACUGCAAGGUAUAAGAAGUAAAGGUCGCUUUGGAUUCUAAGUAUGAUUCUAAGUAUGAACAUAGGAAACGGAGAGAGGUGACCCAAAAGCCAUCACUCCUCCUGGCUGCUGUGCCAGUCUGUUUAAGGCUGUAGGCCAUGCUUUAAUUUAUUGUAAGUGCUAUGUGCCAGAGCACAGGUUGCAGGACAUACUUGGCACUAUUUUCUUCCUUUAGUGGGUUUAAGGGAACUUUUUUAACAUAAUGUGAAUGUAGUUUAUUGUGAUUUUAUAUGUACUACAGUUUGAAGUGGUACCAUUUCUUUUUCUUAUUUUAGGACUGAUUAUUUGAUGCUACAAUAACAUGAAAAAUGUAUGUGUAGUUUUAAAAUGAAUGGAGAGCAAUGGCUUUAAGGCACUCCGGUGGAAGUAGCGGCCAGAUAUUACAUUCUUGUUAAAUAUAUGCCCCUUUCUUCCAGUAUGUUUUUCCUGAGACUUCCAGAUACACUGAGACCUUCGCUACAUGAACUGUUUCUUCAUGGGGCCAGUUGGUGCUUCAUGAUCCAGGUCAGGAUAGGUGAGUUAUUGGUAAAGUCAGGCAAGUACAAGAUGGUGACUUCUCACUGAAGUUGCUGAGAUAGUUCCCCUCGAAUUCACAUUUUGCCAGGCGCUGUGACACUUCAGUGCUUGUCCAUCCGCACAGUCUUUCUGCUCUGGUUCCCAGGACAGCCCAUGAGAAGUCUUUGCAAUAGCUGGGACUGUGCAAGGUGUUUCUAAGGGUUUACACAGUCAGUAACAUUAGUGCGAGUGCACAUUUUGGACAGCCAGUUGUCUGGUGCCCAGCCAAAAAUGAUGGGCCUUAGCCUGUGCCGCCGUACGCUGUGCUGACCCUUGCACACCUGCAGAAGAGGGGUGACGCUCCGCAUGGAGGAGUCCCAGCCAGAUUCCACACCUGCUUUGGGUAGGUGGAGAAGACAACACGCUGCACAGCUAAGAGGAGGGAGGUCUUUUUGCUUUUAGUCACCUGAACAGUGUUAAUGUCAUUGUUCGAUGGGUGUUCUUACUGAAAACUACUGUUUGUUGCUAGUUUGUCUCGUCCCACCUGGCCCCACUGAAGGAACCUGUCUCCCAUACAAGCACUUGCCAGGCUGUCAGGUGUCACCUUGUACCCUGGUAUGGUUGUGGACCCAGGCUGUUGCUGGGUACAAAGUCAUUGAGGAAAAGUUCGCAGCAAAGGAUCUGUGUGGAUUUCUAGCACGCUUGAAUUUCUCCCCUCAUGCCCAACAUAUUGGAGUAAACAGGGAGCACCUUAGGUUGAUGUUUUUGCAAUCCAUAGUCCCCUGCUUGCUUGCCAAACUGGAAUGGCAAUAGAAGCAGCAUCAAAAAGGUUCCAACAAGCUUUUCAAUCCUCUCUCGCAGGGAUGUCCUGUAGGAGUGAGAAGGGCAGUUCAGUUGCUGAGCGUACGAGCGAGCGUACGAGCAAGACGGAAGGACCACCAGAAGUGGCAGUAUGGACACAUGUCAGUUAGGAAAUGGAUUUGUGACCCUGAAGCCAUCAAAUCGCUUCACAGAGACCACUGAACAGCUAAAGACGGUAAUGAUUUUAGGUCAUUAUAGAACAGGGCCUGACCUAAUUUAUAGCCUGAGGUUAAAAGCUUAUCUAGCCUCUUAAUGAUUUUUGAGCUACUCAGACCCCCUCCUAUUCCGUAGAGCUUUCUGAGUGUCACAGAAAUGGGUAGCGCUAGGGUAAUUUGCAACACAGACUAUGCUAAAAAUUGUAUUUCCGAGGCUAUAGCUUGGGAUGCAACCCACCCUAUCUGCUGGAUUCGAAUCGCAGGGCUGGCUGUGUUACCUUUUUUGUUCUUGUUUUUGGUCAUAUUAGCAUACUGUGUGCCAGUGGCAGAAGUGAAUGCAAGAUUCACUGCCUGAUCAGCAAUAGAGCCAGGCCUUUAAAGCACAGAUCAGUUAGCAGUAGUUCCAGGUAAACCAGCGAGCAGUGACGUUUGCCUCUGCACAACCACAGUUAUCUGUGGCUGCUUGUUUUGCCCCAUCUACAGGAAUCCUGCCAAAGUGAAUGCAGUCCUGAUAAGCACCUGGGUAUUAAUGCCUGUAUUGUCCCAGCUGCAGGUGAUGUUUUUCUCCGUAAUUUUUAACCAUACAAGCUGAAAAAAAAUGUAAUUUGCAAAUGAGUCUUUCUCUUCCCUCAAAGCCCCGCAAUUUCCCCUCCCCAUUUUUCCCCAGGUGUCUAUUCUGCAGACUGGAUUGAGAGAGUUGUACUAUAAUGAGUAAUUUUAUAUUCAAAUGGUUUACUGAGCAUGAUUUGUUUUGUACAUAUUGGAAUAUGAUUUAACUUAUUUUUAUUGCCCCUUUUCAUCUUAAGCUUUCUUUGUAAGAAAAAGACAAAAAUCCCCACCCUCUCUCAAUGCAAAGUUCCUCUAUGUUUGUGUGUGGUCUGCCAGGCGAACAUGCAACAGCCACAGGAUUUUUCACCGGUCCUUACUGGUAUCUGAUUUUAUUUUUCAUUGUCAUUUGCUUUAGUCUGAGGCUUUGCUUAUAUUGUCUCUUCUUUCCUCUCUGCUGCACAAGCUGCACAGGAAAGGGCAAUGCAAGCAGGACUUUCUUUUCCUCCCUCCCUCCUUCCUCGUGUGCUUUAUAUACCAAGGAACUCAGUUCUUACCUUCUAGGAGUUGUGUGACUGAGGGUAAAAAAAUAAAAAUGUCCCCCCACCCUCCUUUCCCCCCUCCACAUUGUAGAUCAAACAGAUUCAGCUUCUCUGAAAGUGCUUGUGGCUGGAGUCAUUCCAUUGGGCUGAAUGUGUAUGGUUUGCACUUUUUUUUUUCACGUCAGGAACUUAUAAACAACAAAAAAUAAAACUGUUAAACUUGAGCCAAGUAACACUUAAAGCUUUAUAUAUUUAUUUAUAGCAUCUUACAAAAAAGUGUUAAAAGGAUUUUUUUUUCCACAAGAAAAAUUGGAUUAAAAAAUAAUCAUCUAAUUGUUUUUGUCUAGAUCAAGAAUGAAUGUUAGCAGAUGAAAUAAACCCUAAAACUGAG